CGCUCCCGCGGCUCCGGGAGGGCGGGGCGGGGGCGGUGCCGCGCGGGGCGGGCGGGCGGGGGCGCGCGCGGCGGUGGCGGCUGCACGCGCCGUGGCUGCACGGAUCGCGGCGGCAGCAGCGGGAGGAGGCACCGGCGAUGCCCGCUCCGCUCCCGCCGCUGGCCGCCCCCUGAAGACACCCCGCUCUGCUUUCCACCCCCUUCUCCAGCCACACCAGGCUCUUCUUUCCCCUUCCCCCCCCCCUUCUCCCCUUCCCCCCCUUCCCCUUCUAUUUCCCUCUUUUUUUUCCACCCCCUUCCCAUUCUCCCCCCCCCCCUCCCUCCCCGCUCUUUAUCCUCCUUUUUUUAGUAUUAUUAUUAUCAUCAUCAUCAUUAUUUAUUGCGACCCUCCCGGCUGCCGUGUGGAUGCGGCCCGGGGUGCCUGGCUGCGCGGGUGGCGAGAGCAGAUGCUGAGGGGCCGGAGGAGGAUGGAGUGCACCCUCGAUGCGCAGAGUUUGAUCAGUAUUUCCCUGCGGAAGAUCCACAGCUCCCGCACGCAGCGAGGCGGCAUCAAGCUCCACAAGAACCUGCUCGUCUCUUAUGUGCUCCGCAACGCCCGGCAGCUCUACCUGAGCGAGCGCUACGCCGAGCUCUACCGCCGCCAGCAGCACUACCCCGACGGCGCCCCGCUCCUCGCCAUGCCCGCCUGCCCGCCGCCCGCCGCCGCCGCCCCACCGGAGCUGGCGGGGCUCCCGCUGCCCGCCGACACGCAGGACCGGGAAGCGAGGAGCUGUUCGGCGGUGCGGGGCGGUGCGGAGCUGCUAGAAGGGCCGGUGUGCUCCGCUCCCCUGGAGCUGCAGCGAGCGCCCUGCAGAGACUCAUCCCCGGGUUUUUACCGGGCGGCCGGCAGCGCCGGUCCCGGUGGUGGUGGCGGCAACGCGGGCACGGGGCUGCUUUACGCCGCCGGUUGUGACUUCGGGAGCGGCGGGGCACCGCACUGUAGCAGCCGCACCACCGUCUUGGAUUUGGACACUCACGUCGUGACCACGGUGGAGAACGGGUACUUGCACCAGGACUGCUGCUCGCACUGCCCCUGCUGCUGCCAACCGGCACCGGGGCUCGCCUCCCCGCCGCCCACGCCGGGCACCAAGCGCAAGUAUUACCCGGGGCAGGAGGAGGAAGAAGAAGAAGAGGGGGUGGAGGAAGGGGAACCGGGGGGAGGCGGGGUGGCGGGAGUCCCCCCCUUCGCCCCGUGCACCAAACGCGCCCGUUUCGAGGAGUACAGCGCCGAGCACCCCCAGGACUCUUCUAACAUCUCCAACUUGAUCUCCAUCUUCGGCUCCGGUUUCACGGGGCUGGUGAGCCGGCAGCAGGCGGACUCGGAGCAGCCCCUCAACGGGCAGCUGUGCAGCAAGCAGGCGCUGGCGAGCCUGGGAGCCUGGACUCGGGCCAUCGUCGCGUUUUAGAGAGGAGCGGGGAGCAAAAAAAAAAAAAACACAACAAAACAACAAAACAAAAAGAGAAGAAAAAGGAAAAAAAAAAAAAG